AUGCGCCAGCAGACAAAGGGACCGCGAUCCCGUCGACAGACAGUCCCGUCUCGCACGCCCCAGCAGUUCCAGGCUCAGGAGACGCAGGAAACCAAACUCGAGCCGGAGGGUCUGGAUGCGAUUGCGGACAUCCAUAAUGAGUUAGACUUCAUUGAAUGGUACAAUGAAGUUGAAGACAGCUUGCUGGAAUCCAGCUACGAUGAAUACCAAGCGUGCCUUCAUGAGCUGCAGAUGUCCAAAUCCCACCUCGACUCCCUCUUGACCGACACCUCCUCUACCCUCAAAGUUCUCAGCAGUCUGUCCCAGGACUUUCAGGCGGUGGAAUUGCAGACCUCUAAAUUUCAGAAGCAAUGCGAGGGGCUCUUAUCUGCUCAGAAGCGGGACUCGGAAUUGGUGUUAGACAUUCAGGAGAAUCUUCAGUAUUACGAAUUCCUAGAUCCUGCGUCAAGAAGACUUAAUGCGCCGGGUGCGGGCAACACUGUUCGCGGGCAGGACUUCUCGGAUAUGCUUAGACGGCUAGACGAGUGCUUGGACUAUAUGGAGACACAUCCAGAUCAAAAGGAAUCCAGUGUAUAUCGGUCCAGGUACAGGCUACUUCUAACCCGUGCUCUUACUCUCAUCCGAGGACACUUUGUCGCCGCCCUGCGUGACGUGUACUUAAGCGCUUCGAAGAAAAUCGCGGACAAGCAACUGAAUGACACAACGAUGUCCGCCCUACUAUAUGCUAAGUUUAGGGUCGGCGCACCGGAACUAAAGCAGAUUGGUCUUGAAAUCCAAAAGAGAGCAGUCCCUCCUUUGGACCCUGACCAAGGGACGGAAGCUGAAUACCAGAGUCUUCUCAACGAACUUCAUGCUAACUAUGCUGCCACACGUGGCAAGCUCAUCAUUCCGCUGGUGCAUAAGAACCUCAAUGAUAUUGCGCAGGCUCCGAGUACCUCGAAGGACCUUGUCGCCUUCGCCCGCGGAAGUAUCAGCUACGUGCGCGGCGUGUGCUUGGACGAGUUUGAUCUGUGGGAAGAAUGGUUCCAUGGCCAGGGCGGCUUAUACGAUUUCCUGGAAACGCUAUGCGAACCUCUCUACGAUCACCUUCGACCCAAGAUCAUUCACGAAGACAAGAUCAUCCGACUGUGCCAGCUUUGCACUCUACUCCAGACCCGCUAUCUGUUCGAUCAGGAGGAAGAAACAGAGCACACGGAUGCCAACCAGCUCGAUUUCUCCUCCCUGAUUCAGCCGGCAUUGGAGGAUGUUCAGACUCGCCUCGUCUUCCGAGCGCAAGCUUUCCUCCGCGAUGAAAUCGAACGGUACAAGCCCCGUCCGGAAGAUCUCGAUUACCCAGCUCGCAACCGACCGGUCUCAAUCACUGUCACUGAAGGCCAGAUCUCCGGCCGAAAGGUUGCCCCUGCAGAUGCCUUAGUGAAUCUAUCCACUCCAGCCAAGCAAGCCGAAGACAGUGCCGACGCGCCCACGGAUCAAGAUUCUAAGUGGGACUUUGAAUCGCAAACCGCCUUAAGUGGCUGGUAUCCAACCCUGCGCAAGGCCAUAUGGCUUCUAAGCCGGAUAUACCGACUAGUCAAUUCUACCGUUUUCGAUGAUCUAGCACACCAAAUCGUCCACCAAACUAUCCUAUCCCUCCACCACGCGAGCUCCCUCAUGUCCAGCAAAUCUGCCACAGACAGCCAACUCUUCCUCAUGAGCCACCUCCUCAUCCUCAAACAGCAAAUUGUCGCCUUCGACAUCGAAUACGUCGCCCCAGAGGUCUCCUUCGACUUCUCCGGCAUGACCAACACCUUCUGGGAGUUGCGUGAACGCGGCGGUCUCUUCAACCCGCGCAACCUGAUGCGACUCGUCGGACACGGCCUCCUCCCGCGGGUCGUCGAGAACAUGCUCGACGCCAAGGUCGAGCUAGACGGACGUCUCCGCACUGUCAUCAACGACUUCAUCGACGACUUCGCCACCAAAAUGACCGCCUCCCUUCCCGCCCAAUUCAUCGACACGCGAAACCUCCAGCGCGGCGAACUCAUCUUCCCUACCUGCCGCACCAUCGAGUCCGAGGUCCCCGCCCUCCGCAAGUGCCUGGUCGAUUACCUCGACGACACGCGCAUGCGGGAAACCCUCGUCGGCGCGGUCCAGGACCGCGUCAUCCAGAUCUACGAGGAUUUCUUCGACAAGUACAUCUCCGCCGAAAAGAGCAAGGGGAACGCGGUCAGCACGCGGAAGGGUAAAGGGCGCGAGGACGCCGUCUGGGACGUCGAUACGUUUUCCGAGUGGUGUGAGGGUAUCUUCCGGGUUGGCGUGGCGAUGGCAUCUCUGGAAGAAGAUGGAGAUGAUGGCACAACGAGUCGGAGUCUCAGUGUGAGUGGCUCGGCUAGUCUGGCGUCUCAUCGUCGGUCAUAG